AGCCGUCGGGCUGAAGCCGAAUGCUGGGCGCGUUGCUUCCCCGCUCCGCGCACGCGCAUUUCUUGGCCGGGGCCGCCGCAGCCCAGCGGCGAAGACCUUCCGCACAGACUCGCUGGGCCGCGCCUGGCUUCGGCGUUCUCAUGAGCGCAGGCUACGCGGCUGGCCGUGUCCCAGGCUCCAACAGCAAGUUCAAGGUGGGUCUUUGCCAGACGCACGUGAGCCAUGACAAGAAGGAGAGCUUGGCCAAUGCCAAGGCGGCCAUCCAGGAAGCAGUGAAGAAGGGCGCUGAGCUGGUGGUGCUGGGGGAGAUGUGGAGCUGCCCCUACGCCACCAAGUACUUCCGGGACUAUGGCGAGAGGCUGCCGCUGCCAGGCCAGCUGGCUGGGGAGUCCAGCCCCAGCGUGAAGUUGCUCUGCGAGAUGGCCAAGGAGCACAAGGUCUGGAUCGUGGGGGGCUCGCUGCCGGAGCUGGAGGCUGACAAGGUGUACAACACCUCCCUGGUGGUGAACCCGGAGGGUGGAAUCGUGGCGCGGCACCGCAAGGUGCACCUGUUCGACAUCGACGUGGCCGCCACCGCCACGAGGGCUGCCAUGAAGUUCAAGGAGUCUGACGUGCUCACGGCGGGCGAGACCAUGACUUUGGUGGACCUGCCCUGGUGCCGCGCAGGCCUCGGCAUCUGCUACGACUCCCGCUUCCCCGAGCUGGCGCUGGCCAUGCGCGCGGAGGGCGCCAAGGUCAUGAUCUACCCUGGGGCCUUCAACAUGACCACGGGUCCGGCGCAUUACGGGCUUCUGGCGCGGGGCCGUGCGGUGGACACCCAGUCCUACGUGGUCUUCUGCUCACCGGCCAGAAGCUCGGACAAGAAUGACUACCAGGCUUGGGGCCACUCGCAGCUUGUGAGUCCUUGGGCGGAGGUGGUUGUGGAGGCCGAGCACGAGGUCGGGGUGUGGGUGGUAGAGGUGGACCCUGCAGAGGCGGACAGGAUCCGAGAGCAGGUGCCGACGUCCUACCAAAAGCGAGGGGACUUGUACGCCCCCUACGCGCAGCUUGGCAAGGCACCUGGACUCGGCGAAGCGGCGCAGAGGUGAGAGCUGCCUGUAGAAACGUCUGGCUCAGACUUUUAAAGCUAUUACCCUUCCUCCUUUGUGGGGAAGUACCUGGAAGACAAAUUUGCUUUUGAAGGGACCCCCUC